AUGUCUGGUGCAAAACCAUCCCAACAGGAGUUUUCAGACUCUGAUCCAGAGGACACAUCAGAGGAGCUGACAGCCGUGGUGUGUCUGGAGUCAGACCUGCAGGAUGGACAGAUGAUGGAGGUUGAAGUGGGACAUCACAGUGUGUUGUUGACACGCACCGACGGCAUAUACAGUGCCCUUGGUAACCAGUGUACACACUACGGCGCACCACUCAGCAAAGGGUUUAUUUCAGGCAACAGAGUGCGCUGCCCGUGGCAUGGUUCCUGUUUCAAUGUCCUCACAGGAGAUCUGGAGGAGUACCCCGGCAUCGACUGUUUACCCUGCCACAAGGUCAAAAUUCAAAACAGCAAAGUCUACGUGUCUGUAAACAAAAAGACUCUCAGGCAGGAAAAGAGAAUAAAGGGUAUGGGAGCUGCAGUGCCAGGAGUCACUCACACUAUUCUGCUGCUGGGAGGAGGGGCUGCGUCGUUGAUCUGCGCCGAGACGCUCCGGCAGGAAAACUUCAGCGGCAGAAUCAUCAUGGUCUCCAGAGACGAGCUUUUACCUUACGACAAAACCCGACUCAGCAAGGUGAUGAAUGUGGAGAGUGACAGUAUUGUGCUGAGGAGGAUGGAGUUUUUCCAUCAGUCUGACAUUGAGGUGUGGCUCAGGAAAGAGGCGCUGUCAGUGGACACAGACAAGAAGACAGUCACAUUCGAUGAUGGUUCAAUCCAGAGCUACGACCAGCUCCUCAUCUCCACAGGCUGCAGAGCAAAGGGUCUGGAUGUGCCCGGCAUGAAGCUGGACAAUGUGAGGAUGUUGGAGACACCAGAGGACGCGCGGCAAAUCCACGCAGCCUGUCUGGGCUGCAAGGUCGUCCUCGUGGGAACCUCGUUUGUUGGAAUGGAAGUUGCAUCUUAUUUGAUAGACAAAGCCUCCAGCAUCACAGUGAUAGGCAGCAGUGAGCUGCCGUACCAAAACACACUGGGUCCUGAAAUUGGCAGACUCACCAUGACGAUACUGUCGGAGAAAAAUGUGCGAUUCUACAUGAAUGAUAAUGUGACAGAGGUCAAAGGUGUGGAUGGCAAGGUGAAGGAGGUCGUGCUUAAAAGUGGAAAAGUUAUCCCAGCUGAUGUUUUGAUUGUCGGUAUCGGCAUCAUCCCUAACUCAGAGUUCCUGCGGGGCAGUAAGAUACAGAUGGAUGCAAAAAACUUUGUAGUAGCCGACAAGUACAUGCAAACCAGUGUCCCUGAUGUGUUCUGUGGUGGUGACCUGGCCACCUUCCCCCUGGCGAUGGCCAAUAACCGGCUGGUCAACAUCGGACACUGGCAGAUGGCACAAGCACAUGGGAGGAUAGCAGCUCUGAACAUGCUGAAUAAACAGACUGAACUCAACUCAGUUCCUUUCUAUUGGACCGUCCUACUGGGUAAAACCAUCCGAUAUGCAGGCUACGGGGAGGGAUACACUGAGAUUGUGAUGAAAGGAAAGUUUGAGGACAUGAAGUUCCUGGCAUUGUACAUCAAGAAUGAUGAAGUCAUCGCAGCAGCGAGCCUGAACUACGACCCAGCAGCGUCUGCAGUAGCUGAGAGGUUUGCAGCAAGAAAAGUCAUCACGAAGAAAGAGGCUCAGUCAGAUGAUCUGAGCUGGCUGCAGUUGUCCUGA